CAGCUCCAGCUCUCCUCACUAUUGCUGCCAGAAUGGGGGUUUGAUUAGUUGGGUACAGUAGUUGGACAUUGUUGGCUGUGAUCAGGUAGUUUGGGACUGGCUUGGGGAAGCGGUUUCCGGUAAAGGCGGUGUUUACUCGGAGUGGUUUAAUGUAAAUCUUUUUUUCUCUUAUACGUUGAAGAGGAAUUAUCCGAGUUCAGGAUGGACAUUUCUAUCAAAUGCAUUUUUCUGUCCACUCUGUGCAUCUUUACAGCGGAGGCAUACGGAGGAUCUGGAUACACCCCACUAGAAGAUGAUGAAGAUGUUAAUGCAAAUGAAGCACGUUACGCUAGAUAUGAAGAUAUUCCCUGGUGCGCUCCUCUAAAGAUCAAAAAUGGUUAUGUCCGUUGCAGAACACCACAAGGUGGAUAUUACAAAAAUGUACAGGGAACAGUGUGUGAUAUUUCUUGCCGAAAAGGAUAUGAAAUUCAUGGAACUGGCCGUGUCCAUUGCCUUUCAAGUAAACGCUGGUCACAAACAGUUACUUGCAGAGAAAUACGUUGUCCUAAGUUUUCAUUGCCACUCCAUGGAGGUGCCAAGUGCUCAGAUGGGGCAUAUUUUAACUCGAGGUGUGAGUUUUACUGCACACCUGGAUACCAAGUUAAGGGGCAAAAAAGUGUGAUUUGCAUGCACAGUAAAAGGUGGAGUGGAAAAGAACCAUCUUGCCUUGAUUUAGACCCACCAAAAAUAAGGUGCCCCAGCUUCAAGGAGAAGACAGCUGAACCUGAGAAGCUGACAGUACGAGUGAACUGGGAUACUCCUGAAGGAAAAGACACAGCAGAUGGCAUUUUGACAAACGUUAUAUUAAAAGGCCUCCCUCCUCGCUCAGAAUUUCCUGAGGGUCAACAUAAAAUUCAGUAUACUGUUUUUGACAGGGCUGGAAACAAGGCUUCAUGCAGCUUUACAAUUAAAGUGCAGGUUAGACGCUGUGGGAAGCUCACUCCACCAGAUAAUGGCUCCAUGAGAUGCUCCAGUGAUGGGGAUAAUUAUGGGGCAACCUGUGAAUUUUCUUGCAUGGGUGGCUAUGAAUUGCGAGGAAGCAAAGCAAGCGUUUGUCAGUACAACAGUAUCUGGUCAGUGGCUGUACCAGUCUGUGCACCCAUGAACAUUAAUGUGGGUGUUACUACGGCAACAGCACUUUUGGAACAGUUCUAUGAGAAGCGUCGAUUGUUGAUCAUAUCAACUCCUUCUGGUGCCAAUCACUACUACAGAUUCCAGCUCGGGAUAAUUCAGCAAGCUAUAUGUGGCUUUGACUUGAGACAUGUGACAGUCAUAGAACUAGUUGGUGUUUACCCCGUGCUAGUAGGGAGAAUAAGAGAAAGAUUCUUGUCACCGUUACUUGUUUUGCAGCUGAGGCUGCUGCUUCAGAUUUCACAGUCAAACUUCAACAUGGUUCUUGUUGACAAGUAUGGUAUGGACAAGGAGCGCUAUCCUUUCCCAGUCACUGCUGCUGAGCUCUUCACAUUGAUUGAUACAUUUUCCUUGCGAAAAGAAGAAAUCAAGUUGCAGGCUGAAAAUGGUCAGUCAUGCAAUUCAUCCUAAAGCUCAAGAUGACUCUUCAGUGGAACAAUUGCAGUUUUCUAAGGUCCAUUUUCAAGCUAUAAUCUUAAAUAUUGAAAGUGCUAUUAAUAUAUAAAAAGUAACAUGUUCUGAAACUUUUCUGUUUAGUUUCUGAGACCUUUGCUAAAGUGCAGCACAUAGUUUUAUUAUGAUAAAUAUGUAAAGUAUUGUGCAUGAUGUAAUUUAUACCCCUCUUACAUUAAACUGUACCACAGGAGCAGAGUUUGAAAAUAGUAUACCUGGAAAGAAGUACCUAGGUUUGGAAAUAUGCCAGAAUUGUUCAUCCUAUUGUUUUCACAUACUUCAAAAAUAAUAGAUUCUAUGUUAGUGCAAUAAUGAGCAUUUAAUAUUGUUGUUAUUGCCAACAAAUGCCACUUCUUCUUUGUCACUCUCAAUCCUUUCUGUAUUCGCCAGGUCAAUCCAAUGCUUUCGAUCAAAAAGAUGUACUGUUGAUAUGAGGAUCUAUUUUCUAAAUGUUGGUCAUUUUAUGCUGACAUAUCAUCAUACAGAAAAUGGAGAUCCAGAUUUUCUGGGUACUUUGAGUGGUUUUAAAGUCAGGUGACAUAUUUCAAUGUAGGCUUAAGACAAGUAUAAUUAUUUUAUGCUGGGUGUUGGAGGGAAGGAAUAAAUAUAAUGAGCACAUGAACUGCAAGUCUGAAUUUAAAAAUGGCAGAUGCCUGUUGCUAAACAAUCCAAUACAACUUUUUACAGACAAAUCUUAUUGUAUUGCAUUAUAUUAGUUCUUUCUUCUGCACGUGCACAUUAGAAAUGGAUGCAAAUGCAAUAUUUAUAUGGGAGAAAUAAUAUGUUGUAAUUGGCACAAAUCUAGUCACAUUCUAUGUAUGUGUGUAUGUAUGUGUAGAAGUAUCCACUAAAUAAAAGAAUUAUAAGUUGGCAA